CAAAAGAGUCUGAGAAUUCUCAAACCCAAACACCACAAAGCUUAAAAAAAAAAAAAUAAACCCAGAAUAAAAAGAUGGCAAAGUUUUCUCAGGCUCUCCUUGUCGCUACCGUCUGCUUCUUUGGCCUUGCUGGGUUCGGCUAUAGCCAUGAAGACUACCAAGUUGUGGGAAAGGUGUAUUGUGACACUUGCCGUGCCAUGUUCGAGACCGAUGCGAGCAUACCCAUGAAAGCUGCACCCGUCAAACUCCAAUGCCAAAGCCGUGAGAAUGGCACCAUCACCUACUCCGUAGAAGGUGUCACCGACGAAUCCGGCAAUUACCGUCUCCCAGGAAAAGGCGAGCACGAGAAUGAUAUCUGUGACGUGACGGUCCUAAAGAGCACAGUCCCUGACUGUGAUGAACUUGCUCCUGGGCGUGACCGUGCUCGUGUUGUGCUCACACACAACAAUGGCAUUGUCUCCAACGAACGUUACGCCAAUCCUUUGGGAUUUUUGAAGAAGGAAGCUCUUGAUGUCUGCCCUGAUGUUCUCAAGAGUGUCGGUCUCCUCCCCAUCGUCACCAUUGGCGAAUGA